AUGCACUCGAAACAGAUUCUGCAGCAACUGCUUGUUGCCGCCGCAAUCGUCUCUGUGGCUCAGUCAACAUGGCAACAUCUGGAUAAGUUAGACGUUGCUGGCCUGGCUGCACGCCAACGUAGCGACCUGGUCGGAGGAAGCUCAGCAAGUGAAAGGACGGCUCAAAGCACCCCUACUACUCCUACUUCGGAAUCUACGCCUUCCCCGACGAGCGCUCCAUCCAGCUCGUCGACGUCUACAUCAUCCGCCUCUUCCUCUACUACGACAACUAGUUCUUCAAGCACCCCGUCGUCUACUCCAGCCAGUGCUACCCCGUCUGCCACUCCCGAGUCAACCUCGUCUUCAGCUGCUCCAAGCUCCAGCUUUACCCCAGCACAAACCACGAGCUCGAGCAGCAAACCGACCUCGAGCACUCCCACCCCUGUUGUUCAAACUUCUGUCGGAGUAUUCACCAAGACUGAUGCCGACGGUUCCAAAACAACUUUCUCCUCAACCAUGAAGACGACUUCUACGCCUGGCCUCACGUCUGGGGAUGGCGAGACUACCGGCAUGCCCACCAAGACUCGAAACACUGUCAUCGGCGUCGUUGUCGGUGUUGGUGGUGCCAUCGUUCUAGGUGCUCUCGGAUUGGUAGCCUGGCGCAUCUGGGGACGCAAGAAGCAUAGUGAGGAGGACGACGGCCUCAUGGCCUUUGACAUGUCUGCAACCAGAGGCGUGGAAAAGUCUGAGCGAGGCAGUAGUGCUGGAGGCGCUCAUACUCAACGCAACCCUUUCCAGUCUACUCUGGAAAACUACCAUCAGCCUGGCCAGGUCAAUGCAUCUGCCAACUUUUAA